AGAUUGUCAUUUAAAGUCAUGCGAUUUUUUUCACAAAAGGAAUAAACAGUUUUUUUUCUACUUCCUCUCCCGUUAUGGCUAGUAACAAGUAUUGGGCAUGUUUUCUACUCCUGUUUGGAAAAUGCGCCUCUUAUGAAAACUUAUGCAGAAAAACAGAUAUAAUUGCAUCACAAAGCUCAGACAGAGUAGGUCUACCUGCAACAAAAGCUGUUGAUGGGAAUUACAAUCAGAGAUCAUAUUUACAGUGCUCACAUACAGCGCCAGGCAGAACAAAAGCGUGGUUUCAGGUUGACCUGAGGAGACCCUAUAGAGUAAACUCUGUGACAAUAUAUUACAGGAAUGAAGAUAAUUGGAAACCUUACCGAUUUCGUCAAUUUUACUUGGAUGUAUCAAACACAUCAGCAGCUGUCUCCACCACAUCAACACCACAGAGGAUGCGAUGCUACAAGGACAACACUACAUACCCAACCACGCACCCUGCUGUGAUUGACAUUACUUGUAAACAAACAGCACAAUACGUCAUCAUAGAAACCACAUAUAAUGCUCCCGAAAAUCCUCCACUAGAGCAUGGGCCCAUGCUAGAAAUCUGUGAAAUAGAUAUUUUUGGAUGCAGCACUGACUGUUUUGGGGAUACCUGUUACUCAAAUGGUGUAUGUGACAGGUGUGGAGGAGGACACUGGGGACAAACCUGUAAAUACAACUGUCCUUCGAAUUGUUAUAUGGGAUCUUGCGACAAAUACAGCGGAUCCUGUAAUCGUGGAUGUAGGCCUGGAUUUUGGGGAGUUAACUGUACGGAGAGAUGUAGCGUUCCCUGUUUGAAUGAGAUUUGUGAUUAUGACAAUGGAACCUGUGUCGAAGGAUGCAAAACCUACUUUACAGGAUCGAUGUGCCAAAGUUGUAUACCGACCCGUUACGGAGAGAAGUGUGAGGAGCCCUGUAGCAUCAACUGUAUUAACGAAACUUGUCAGGCAAACAAUGGAACAUGUACCUUUGGUUGUGAUGGAAAUCACGUCGGUGCCAAAUGUCUCCAAUGUAACCGUCAUUUAAUGUUUCAUGUUAUAUAUUUUUCUCAUUUUUUUCAUAACCUCAAACAACUAGAUUAA